AUGCUGAGCGCAGUGCCAUCGUAGGCCUGUGGGGAAAGAUCAGCGUGGAUGAGAUCGGACCCCAGGCCCUGGCCAGGUACAGUAUUGUAAUAUUGAUUUAGAUAUCAUUAAAUAUCCAAGAUGGUGUAGUAGUGCAGUCCUGUUUUUGUCGUGUGUCUGUAAAUAGCCUGUAAAUACCCUGUUUUUGUUUUGUUUUUUUCGUACAUAUUUCCCUAUCAGACUUUUCAUCCUUCUACAAAAUAUACUUUCCUGCAACCUCUAUUAUUGACUUACCUUUUAUCUAAAAUCUCCAGUUGAAACUAGCUAGCCAGCUAACUAGCUACUUGCUAUUAGCCACAGUUAGCGGUAUUUCACCCAGAACAUUGGAUUUUUCUGCGGGAAUAAUUGAAUCACUGGACAUUAAUCACCGGAUCGCAACUAGCUAGCCGCAACCGAAUGGAUGUUGCUGUCUGGCUAAUUACCACUGCCCCCGAUGCAAGCACCAGUUAGCCUCGAGCUAGCCUAGAGCCAGGCUCAUAUCUACCUCUAGGUCUACCGGACGGGAGUAGCCAGCUAACUAGCUACUUGCUAUCAGCUACCGUUAGCGGUUUUUCACCAUUGUCUGUGGCCUGCACCACCCACCAGCCAGCUCUAGUCUGGACUAUUAUUCGGCCAGUCAGCACUGUCUGCACAGCGCGUUAUCGACCCAGGACAUAUCAGUUUUUCUGCCGGAAUCACUGAAUCACUGGACCUUUAACUCCGGAUUCAUCGCUACCAGCUAGCUGCAACAAAAUGGACGUUGUGGUCUGGCUAAUCAUCCUGAGCUAGGCCCAUCUCCCGGCUAUCUACCUCUCUGUCAACCGGACGGGACCACCUAGUGUUGACACGGAGCCCCGCUGAUCCUACACGACUGGUCUGCCGACGAAAUCGUCUGAUGUGGUUACAACAGGCUUCCCGUUACGACGUCGACCACGAAGAUUCCAUCUGCUAGCCCCGGCCCGCUAGCACACGCUCACCAUGGCCUCUUGCUCGCUAGUGCUUUAGCAACCCCCGAACUACCUCCGAACUAUCCUACUGCUGUUCACCGGACCUUAUGAUAACUCAGCUAUACAGCUGAUGUCUGCUGGACUGUUCCUUUUUACGGUACCGCAUCCUGUUUAUGUUUAGCCCCAGCCCAAACUGUGUCGUCAUUACCAGCUGUUGUCUUAGCUCUCUCAAAUUACACCUGUGAUUGCUUUAUGCCUCUCUCCCAUCUCAAUAUGGUUAGCUUAUUGUUGUUUCGGUUAUUUCUAAUUGUACUAUUUCACUGUAGAUCCCCCAGCCCAGCUAAACCUGCCUUAGAUAGCUCCUUUGUCCCACCCCCCAUAAAUGCGGAGACCGACUCAAUUGGUGCCUCCAGUGAUGCUAUCUCUUUCAUUGUUACCCAACGCUUAGGUUUACCUCCACUUUACUCAUAUCCUUCCAUAUCGUUGUCUGUACAUAAUGCAUUGAAUCUUUUCUACAACGCCCGGAAAUCUGCCCCCUUUAUUCUAUGUACCCAACGCACUAGAAGACCAGUUCUUAAAGCCUUUAGCCGUAUCCUUAUUCUAGUCCUCCUCUGUUCCUCCGGUGAUGUAGAGGCUAACCCAGGCCCUGCAGCCCUCAGUAUCACUCCUUCUCCCCAGGAGCUAUCAUUUGCUGACAUCUGUAAUCGCAAAAGCCUUGGUUUCCUGCAUGUAAAUAUCAGAAGUCUACUUCCUAAGUUUGAAUUAUUCACUGCGUUAGCACACUCCGCCAACCCUGAUGUUCUAGCAGUGUCUGAAUCCUGGCUUAGGAAGGCCACCAAAAAUUCAGAAAUUUCCAUCCCCAACUAUAACAUUUUCCGUCUAGAUAGAACUGCCAAAGGGGGUGGAGUUGCAAUCUACUGUAGAGAUAGCCUGCAGAGCUCUAUCAUACUAUCCAGGUCUGUGCCCAAACAAUUUGAGCUUCUACUUCUAAAAAUCCACCUUUCCAGAAAUAGCUGCUUGCUACAGACCCCCCUCAGCCCCCAGCUGUGCCCUGGACACCAUAUGUGAAUUGAUUGCCCCCCAUUUAUCCUCAGAGUUCGUAUUGCUUGGUGACCUAAAUUGGGAUAUGCUUAAUAACCCGGCCAUCCUACAAUCCAAACUAGAUGCCCUCAAUCUCACGCAAAUUAUCAACGAACCUACCAGGUACAACCCUAAAUCCGUAAACAUGGGUACCCUCAUAGAUAUCAUCCUGACUAACUUACCCUCUAAAUACACCUCUGCUGUCUUCAACCAGGAUCUCAGCGAUCACUGCCUUACUGCCUGCGUCCGUAACGGGUCCGCGGUCAAACGACCACCCCUCAUCACUGUCAAACGCUCCCUAAAACACUUUAGCGAGCAGGCCUUCCUAAUUGACCUGGCCCAGGUAUCCUGGAUGGAUAUAGAUCUCAUUCCGUCAGUAGAGGAUGCCUGGUUGUUCUUUAAAAGUAAUUUCCUCUCAAUCUUAAAUAAACAUGCCCCAUUCAAAAAAUACAGAACUAAGAACAGAUAUAGCCCCUGGUUCUCCUCAGACUUGACUGCCCUUGACCAGCACAAAAACAUCCUGUGGCGUACUGCAUUAGCAUCAAAUAGCCCCCGCGAUAUGCAACUUUUCAGGGAAGUUAGGAACCAAUAUACACAAGCAGUCAGGAAAGCAAAGGCUAACUUUUUCAAACAGAAAUUUGCAUCCUGUAGCACUAACUCCAAAAAGUUUUGGGACACUGUAAAGUCCAUGGAGAAUGAGAGCACUUCCUCCCAGCUGCCCACUGCACUGAGGCUAGGAAACACUAUCACCACCGAUAAGUCUACAAUAAUCGAGAAUUUCAACAAGCAUUUUGCUACGGCUGGCCAUGGUUUCGACCUGGCUACCACUACCCCGGCCACCAACUCUGCACCCUCCGCUGCAACUUGCCCAUGCCCCCCCCCCCCCCCCCCCCGGCUUCUCCUUCACACAAAUUCAGACAGCUGGUGUUCUGAAAGAGCUGCAAAAUCUGGACCCCUACAAAUCAGCUGGGCUAGACAAUCUGGACCCUUUCUUUCUAAAACUAGCAGCCGAAAUUGUCGCAACCACUAUUACUAGUCUGUUCAACCUCUCUUUCGUAACGUCUGAGAUCCCCAGAGAUUGGAAGCUGCCACGGUCAUCCCCCUCUUCAAAGGGGGUGACACUCUAGAUCCAAACUGUUACAGACCUAUAUCCAUCCUGCCCUGCCUUUCGAAAGUAUUUGAAAGCCAAGUUAACAAACAGAUCACCGACCAUUUCGAAUCCCACCGUACCUUCUCCGCUAUACAAUCCGGUUUCCGAGCUGGUCAUGAGUGCACUUCAGCCACGCUCAAGGUCCUAAACGAUAUUAUAACCGCGAUCGAUAAUAGACAGUACUGUGCAGCCGUCUUCAUCGACCUGGCCAAGGCUUUCGACUCUGUCAACCACCGCAUUCUUAUUGGCAGACUAAAUAGCCUUGGUUUCUCAAAUGACUGCCUCGCCUGGUUCACCAACUACUUCUCAGAUAGAGUUCAGUGUGUCAAAUCGGAGGGCCUGUUGUCUGGACCUAUGGCAGUCUCUAUGGGGGUGCCACAGGGUUCAAUUCUUGGGCCGACUCUUUUCUCCGUGUAUAUCAAUGAUGUCGCUCUUGCUGCUGGUGACUCUCAGAUCCACCUCUACGCAGACGACACCAUGUUGUAUACAUCUGGCCCUUCAUUGGACACUGUGUUAACAAACCUCCAAACGAGCUUCAAUGCCAUACAACACUCCUUCAGUAGCCUCCAACUGCUCUUAAACACUAGUAAAACGAAAUGCAUGCUCUUCAAUCGAACGCUGCUGGCACCCGCCCACCCGACUAGAAUCACCACUCUCGACGGGUCUGACCUAGAGUAUGUGGACAACUACAAAUACCUAGGUGUUUGGUUAGACUGUAAACUCUCCUUCCAGACUCACAUUAAGAAUCUCCAAUCCACCAAAGUUAAAUCUAGAAUCGGCUUCCUAUUUCGCAACAAAGCCUCCUUCACUCAUGCUGCCAAACAUGCCCUCGUAAAACUGACUAUCCUACCGAUCCUUGACUUCGGCGAUGUCAUUUACAAAAUAGCCUCCAACACUCUACUCAGCAAAUUGGAUGUAGUCUAUCACAGUGCCAUUCGUUUUGUCUCCAAAGCCCCAUACACUACCCACCACUGUGACCUGUACGCUCUUGUUGGCUGGUCCUCACUACAUGUCCGUCGUCAAACCCACUGGCUCCAGGCCAUCUAUAAAUCACUGCUAGGCAAAUCCCCACCUUAUCUUAGCUCAUUGGUCACCAUAGCAGCACCCACCCGUAGUCUGCGCUCCAGCAGGUAUAUCUCACUGGUCAUUCCCAAAGCCAACACCUCCUUUGGCCGCCAUUCCUUCCAGUUCUCUGCUGCCAAUGACUGGAACGAAUUGCAAAAAUCUCUGAAGCUGGAGACUCUUAUCUCCCUCACUAACUUUAAGCAUCAGUUGUCAGAGCACCUUACCGAUCACUGCACCUGUACACAGCCCAUCUGAAAUUAGCCCACCCAACUACCUCAUCCCUAUAUUGUUAUUUAUUUUGCUAAUUUGCACCCCAGUAUCUCUAUUUGCACAUAAUCUCUUGCACAUCUAGCAUUCCAGUGUUAAUACUAAUUGUAAUUAUUUUGCACUAUAGCCUAUUUAUUGCCUUACCUCCAUAACUUGCUACAUUUGCACACACUGUAUAUAUAUUUUCUGUUGUAUUUUUUGACUUUAUGUUUUUUUUACCCCAUAUGUAACUCGGUGUUGUUGUUUUUAUCGCACUGCUAUGCUUUAUCUUGGCCAGGUCGCAGUUGUAAAUGAGAACUUGUUCUCAACUGGCUUACCUGGUUAAAUAAAGGUGAAAAAAAUAAAUUAAAUAAAAAACACGAUAAUAGGCUACAUAGGCUAUAUAGCACUAUUUGCGCAAUAGGAUAUCGCGGUGUUCACUUUUGGUGCGAUACAGACCUUAUUGAUUGUGAAGUAUAAUUGUAAUUGCAGCCUGUUUUAUUUAUUUUUAGACUUCUGAUCGUAUCUCCAUGGACUCAGAGGCACUUCAGCACCUUCGACAACCUGUCCACACCCGCUGCCAUCAUGAGUAACCCCGCUGUUGCCAAACACGGAAAGACCGUGAUGCACGGACUGGACAGAGCUGUGCAGAACCUGGAUGACAUCAAAAACACCUAUACUGCAAUGAGUGUGAUGCACUCGGAGAAACUGCACGUGGAUCCCGAUAACUUCAGGGUGAGUAUUAAACUUUAGCAACAAAAAAUGCAUUAAAUAGCGUUAUGAGCCAAUGUAAAGCUUAUGGCAAUAUUUCAUUUUCCAUGUGGUUAUUUUACGGUCCCCUCUCCACAGCUCCUCGCCGACUGCAUCACCGUGUGCGUGGCCGCCAAGCUCGGUCCCGCCGGUUUCAGUGCUGAUACUCAGGAAGCCUUCCAGAAGUUCCUGGCUGUCGUUGUGUCCGCUCUCGGCAGACAGUACCACUAGAGCGUCACUCGACAGUAUCAAUAUGGAAGAGAGAUUACACUCCAACUCCAGUCUGUUAGGCUGGAAGCUGUGCCAUAGCUACACAUAUUGAAAAUAAUAAAAAUCAAUUUAAAAGCAUUUAUGUUUUUGAAGUGUUGUUUUUCGAUGGAAAAUGCUCUCCUGCAAUUUUACUAAUGGCACAUGGUUUCUAGUUAGGCCUUCAGAGGGUUCAAAUGAGUGAUAUAUAGGCCUAGGCCUAGGCCUAGGGCUACAUAUCUUUAAGUUUGAAAUCGAAAUUAUUUCCUAAAGCGUGGACAAAUGAUCACAUAGGCCUAAUGUUGCCUCAUUUACAAAGUGAAAUAGGCCUAACUAUUUACAUAUUUAGAUAUUGAUAUUCUUUGUUUUUAGAUAUUUAGGUAUUGGUUUCCUUACAAAAGAAUUACUGCAAUCCGCUGUCAAGAAAUGCUUUUGCCGUUUUUGUACUAAAACCCCAUGUAGCCUAAGUCAAUCUUUUAAGCACAUUUUUAAAUGUCAUACCCAAGAGCCCGAGGGACUAUCCCACUAGUAUGCCUACUAGGCUACAUUUCAACACAUUUUAAAAACAAUACACCUUUGUACGAAAUAGUAAAACCUUUUAAUUUACAUACAUUUAGGUUAAGAGAUGCGCAAAGAUACUUUAUUACUACAAAAUAAAAUAAAAUACAAUUUUAUCAAAAAUAAACUACAAAAUGCAGCGGUGCCGAAAGGGGUUUGAAAGAAAGUCGAGUCACGGAACUUUCAGAAUGAGAGUGAGUGUGUUAUAUACAUUAUAACACAACGUGUUCGCUUUCAAAGUCGAGUUCACGUCCCCCUUUGGACCAAAUUCACUGCAUUGAAAAUACAAUAUACCCUACCAUUUGCAACAGAGUCUUGUUGCAAAUUACAUGGUCAUUUUUACCACAAUACAAAUUACAAAAUACUCAAAAGUUAUUAAAAUAUUUAAAAUUCAUGUAGGCCUAAAAUAAAUAUUUGUUCAUCUUUGAAUAGGUUUUCAUUGUGCCUAUGCUGUCUAUUCAUAUAGCCCAUUCAGUUUACCAACCCCUGUCGGGAACAACUCCACAUUAAUCAAAUAUUAAAUGAGGUCAGCUAAAUUCAUGUUCCACGCAUUAGAUAGGCUAUCCAAAGUUAUGGAGAACAACAUACUGAGCUAGUGCAUGGUGGGCCUAAAUCACUAUUUAAUACUUACUCCUUCUUUUCUUCAUUUAAUGUAUUACAUCUAGAUGUGGUAGUGAUCAAAUUCAAAUAUGACUUUGUGAUGGUGAACUGCGGUGGAAUAAGGACACAAACAGAGGACAUAACUUAAUGAAUUGCCUGUUUCUUUUAUUGUGAUAACAACAGAGCAGGAACUGAACUCCAAUUUAUCUGUAUUUGUCAGCCAGGGCAGCGGACAAGGCUGCAAGGAAUUUAUCCACAGCAAUGUGCACUUCGGGAGUGAAAUCCACAGGGAAGUGAACAGCCAGGGUCACAAGGAUGUUGUGGGACAGAAUCUGAAAAGUAUAUUUUUAAAGUUAAUAUUGAAGGAUUAAGCCAUAGCAACAGACUUAGAGUUGAUGUCGAAAGUGAUCAAUAUACAGACAAUAGGUUAUCUGGGAGCGAACCUUGAAGUUUCCAGGGUCAACGCGCAUAUUGAAAGCGUGCAAAUCGCUGAGAGCACUCAGUCCUCCAACGAGGUUGUCCAUCUUUCCGACAGCAUUACCAAUUGCACCCAUGAUGGUACUUCCAUGCUUCUUGACUGGGGCAGAGCCGGGGCUCAGGUCAGCCCAGUGGGAGAAGUAGGUCUUAGUCUGGGGGUAAGCAGUCAGCAUCCUGCAAAGGAAGGUACAGAAUAGUUUGUACCAUAGGCGUUUUUAUUCGAUUUUCAACUUCUAAGCAUUACGCGUAUCAUAUUUCUCCCAUCGUCUGUGUCUACAAUGUAAUCAAAGUAGUUGACUUAUUGUAUGUUAAAAUGUUUCGUCCGGGUAGGCACAUAGGCCGCUGUCAACAGGUUAAACACAACCAUUCUCAUAAUUCUUUUUUUGAAGAAGGCUUACCUUCCCAAAGCCUCAGCGCCGACGACAUCUGCCUCUCCACUAAUCUUGCCCCAGAAGGCCUUGACCAAAGAUUUGUCCUUUGCUGUCAGACUCAUUUUGCUCCUUUUUGAUUUCCCUGUAUUAAAUGUACAAGAAAUGAACCUAACAAGUUGACUGUCUAUACAACUAGGUCCCUUUAUAUUAUCGUAGAGCAGCAGACACGCCCAGCUACUAGGGUACACUCCCCCUCCACUGUAACCAUCUUGGUCAAAAUCCAAUAGUAAGAACCGUUAUCUUGGCUUUCAUGAAAUAUUACAUUAGCGUUUUUAUAUCAGGUAAUUCAAUAAGAUGUCAGAGGGCUAUGCUUCUAAUCAUAUCCAUAAUUAAUUUUGUUCCUUUUUGUGGCCUACGUUUUCAUCUUCUGGCUGUACUGUAACACAAUACAUAUACAUGAAUUGUAGGCCUACCAGAUGCAACAAUUUUACAAUUUGUUUGAUUGAUAAAGAUAAUAACAAUAAUAUUAUCAUUAUUAAUUUUUUUACGUUGCAUAAAAAUAAUUGUUUCAGAGUAUCCUAAUCGAGCAUAUAUUUCCAAUAAGUAAAUUCAAAAGAUGCAGCUGCUUUUGCCAAAAUAGCCAAAUAUUUAUUGAUAGUUAAUUGGCUAUUUGAAAUGGCAUAGGCCUAGAGUAUGAUGCAAAUGUCGUUCUAUCCUACGCAAUGUUAAAUAAUUAAGGUAGGCUAUAUAUUUGAUUGUACUAUAAUACAUAUUACAUUGGUAAAUUCAAUUGUAGAAAUCAAAUCCACCUUCAAAGACCUGCAUUCAAUUGGAAAAUAUUUAUUCAAGGUGACGUAUUUCACAUUUGUAUGUAUCAAUGAUAUGCCUAUUCUGGUGUUCAAUUGAAGUUGGAUAUGAUUCCCAAUUAAAAGGUUGAUUGGACUUCGAAUGACGAUCGAAAGAAAAGUCAGAGAGGUCAUGCGAGGACAUGGGUACACACCUAUCCGCAAAUAAUACUGGACUUUCCUGCUUAUCACAUUUAAUGUCUUGAAAUUAAUAACUUAGAAUGGGUGGGACCGGUCUGAAUACCUCGAUUUAAAAAAGGAAGGCAUAAUUUUGUCAUAGAUAAGAAACUGUGCCAAAUUGUAGGCCGGAAUUGGCUGGAAUUAUCAAAUUGCAUCUCUUUCUAUUUUUUUCCUUUGAAUAGCCUUAUACACAGCAAUGAAGGAAAUGUAAUCUUCGGAAGAGUUUUGCCAUAACCUUGCUUUUAUUCUUGCAUCAGUUGGAUCAACUAAAACUGUUUAGCUGUGAUCGUGCGAAUUUUGAAACGUUGGUAAUCUAGAUAAAACUGUAUAUGCCUAUUUACAUAUGAUUUCAGAUUGUAGGAUCUAACCUACAGACUUGAUAAUGUAACAACUAAUAAAUUAACAUUUAUUGUGUUUUUUAACAGAUAAAUGAUUGGAAUUUAGGUCAUCAAAUUCGAGAGCUGAAGCGCUCACUUGGCCAAUACUUAUCUUUGCCAGAGCCAAUCACAUGCGCCGCCUCCAGUGGGCGGAGAGCGCUCAUAAAUAUAAGUUGCAGGCAAAGUGUCUCCCUACACAAGACAUUAAUUAAUUGUAUCUUGUUGCAAAACCGGAGAUCAAACACUGACAACAUGGUUGACUGGACAGAUGCAGAGAAGAGCACCAUCAGUGCUGUGUGGGGCAAAGUAGAUAUCAAUGAGGUCGGACCACUGGCUCUGGGAAGGUGGGUCACGGCUUCAGCCUGAUUCAAGUAUAUAAUUUAAUGUAGCUUAUCAUGAGUAAUUAUAACACUAUUAUACCUGUCAUGUUAUCUAAUCAUUACUAUUAAUAUUGAGUUGAUAUUGUUAAACUUGAAUGGAGCAUGUUAGAGUAUUAAUUAGGCAUAUAAUUGAAAUACAUUUGAAAAUAAUCCACAUAUGUCUGUGUUCUUGCAAUGACAGAGUCCUGAUCGUCUACCCCUGGACUCAGCGUUAUUUCGGCUCUUUCGGAGAUCUGUCCACUCCUGCAGCAAUCAUGGGCAACCCCAAAGUUGCUGCUCACGGCAAGGUCGUGUGUGGAGCUCUGGAUAAAGCUGUGAAGAACAUGGGCAACAUCUUGGCCACAUACAAGUCACUGAGCGAGACCCAUGCCAACAAACUCUUCGUCGACCCUGACAAUUUCAGGGUAUGCCUUCUGUCUUGAGAAAUAGGUUUAUAUUUUAGGCUAUACUGAGUUAGGCCUACACGUAUAACAUUCAGAACAAUACGUCUAAUUCCAAAGGUAAAACAAAAACGGCAGUCUUAUUUAACGUCUUCCUUCUUUGUUUUUUGUCCACAGGUGUUGGCUGACGUCCUCACAAUUGUCAUUGCCGCCAAGUUCGGAGCAGCUUUCACUCCUGAAAUCCAGGCAACCUGGCAGAAGUUCAUGAAAGUGGUUGUGGCAGGCAUGGCCAGUCGGUAUUUCUAAAUGCAUCCCAGACAAGUGAUUAUGUUCUGACAUCCCUGCCUGAGUGAAAAUAAAGACAUCGAAACAAAAUA